AGUACUCAAUUGUUGUGCUGCUACGGCGUACGUGAACGCGGACUGCGAAAUACAACGUUCUGUUCAGAUUCACUGAGUUCACAGUAGUCUUGUGUGAAGUUCCCCCACAUAAAAGUCAACGGCAACGGUUUCAAAGGCAACGCGAAAGAAUCCGUCGGCAUCAGCCAACUCUGACUGCUGACUGCUGAAGUCCUUCAUCAAAACGCAAACAUACAUACGCACAAGCAAAAAUAUAUAUAUGAAAAGAAAGUGUCAUAAAUCAAGCGAUUAUCCUGUAAACAAAGUGUAAAACGCGCUCACAGCAGCAGCAACAACAACAACAACAACAGCAUAAAAAAAGAAUCAACCCAACAAGGAGUUCGCCUCUCCCAAUAAAACGUCAUUUUUACAACGUUAAAAGCCAAGCCGUAUAACAAUAACAACAUCAACAACAAUAACAAAAACGGGAGCAACAUAGUCCUUUUUAUUACUUGAGCAUUUAAUUUUGCUGAGUUGGGACUGGUGUUGGUCAUUUGCUUACACCCAACAACAAUUUGGGCACUGCUCGACUUGGCCCACUUGGCAACUACAAUUCCGUCGGAGCAACAAAUACAACGAAUAUAUUGGAUUGGCUUUGAAUACAUUGUAUAAUGCUUGCGCCAGUGAGAUGACGCCACUGCAAGUGAGAACGAGAAUACGUUAGGCGGCAUUGACUAUGGGAGCAGAGGCAUGGGCGUGUGUGCGGACCUUGGGUCUUAUCGAUGGUGUCAGGCAUUAAGCCGGUCGCGUUGGUCGUGUGCCACCAACUCAAGCCUACCAACAAGAAGCGAGCAACAGCAGGCACAACAAUCAGACACAAUCAACGAGAGUACUACUACUAUUACUACUACAGUGGAGUCAACAAUCGUAAAACCACCAGCAGCAGCAACAGCAGCAGGAGCAACAACUACAGCAAGUGUUAUACCAACAAUCGCAAUUGCGACAGCAACAACAACGAUCCAGUCCGUGACUCCGACGGCACCAUCGGUAAAAACGGCUGCGGUAACAGUGAACACAACGAAAAGAAGACACCGCCGCCACCAGGACGACGACGACGACGAGGACGUCGACGUCAACGUCAACGACGGCUGCUCUAGACCGAGGACAAAAACCUGCCACGUCAGCAGCGGAUCAAUACAGACCCUCAACCUCAAAUUUGUACUGAUUUGGCUGCUUGCCUUGUUGGCAAAAAAUGCACAAGCUCACAAUAUACCAGAAGAUGCUGUGCACAUCACAGCCAUCCUGGGCGAGGGUGUCGUCUUCAACUGCCACGUGGAGUUCCCCAACGAUCAUCCAGUGCCAUAUGUCCUGCAGUGGGACAAGAAGGUGAGCGAAACGGGCUCCGAUCUGCCCAUCUACAUUUGGUAUGAGAGCUACCCGGAACACAUUGAAGAGGGCUACAAAGGACGUGUGUCACGUGUAUCGCAGGACUCGCCUUUCGGCUCCGCUUCACUCAACUUGACGAGCAUCAGGGAGUCGGAUCAGGGCUGGUACGAGUGCAAGGUCGUAUUCCUGAACCGUGAUCCCAAGCAACAUAAGAAUGGUACAUGGUUCCACUUAGAUGUACAUGCACCGCCGCGCUUUAGUGUUACACCAGAGGAUAUUAUAUAUGUUAAUUUAGGUGACUCAAUUAUACUCAAUUGCCAAGCCGAUGGCACACCAACGCCAGAGAUUCUUUGGUACAAGGACGCAAAUCCAGUUGAUCCCUCGCCCACGGUGGGCAUCUUCAACGAUGGUACCGAGCUACGGAUAUCAACCAUACGCCACGAGGACAUUGGAGAAUACACUUGCAUUGCACGCAAUGGUGAGGGGCAAGUCUCCCAUACGGCCCGUGUUAUAAUUGCGGGUGGCGCUGUAAUAAUGGACAAAGCGGCACGAAAUAAAAAUACGCUUACUAAAUCCAAAAUAAACGGCAUCUCUGAAAAAUUUACUAUAAGAGUGCCGCCCACCAACCAAACGAAACUCGAGGGCGAAAAAGUGAUAUUCUCAUGCGAGGCUAAGGCAAUGCCUGGCAAUGUCACAGUGCGCUGGUUCCGCGAGGGUUCUCCGGUGCGUGAGGUGGCUUCGCUGGAGACACGUGUCACCAUUCGCAAGGAUGGCUCGCUUAUUAUCAACCCCAUCAGCGCCGACGACUCUGGCCAGUAUUUGUGCGAAGUGACCAACGGCAUUGGGGAUCCGCAAAGUGCUUCGGCCUACCUGAGUGUUGAAUAUCCUGCUAAAGUGACCUUCACGCCAACUGUGCAGUAUCUCCCCUUUCGCUUGGCCGGCGUUGUGCAGUGCUACAUCAAGUCGAAUCCGCAGCUGCAGUAUGUCACCUGGACCAAGGAUAAGCGUCUGCUGGAGCCCUAUCAGAUGAAGGACAUCGUGGUAAUGGCCAACGGUUCGUUGCUCUUCACGCGCGUCAACGAGGACCAUCAAGGACGAUACACGUGCACACCGUACAAUGCACAGGGCACCCAGGGCGACUCGGGCGUGAUGGAAGUGCUGGUUCGCAAGCCUCCGGCGUUCACCGUCGAACCGGAAACGCUUUACCAACGCAAGGUCGGCGACAGCGUCGAGAUGCACUGCGACGCCGUCGAGGCGGAGGGCACCGAGCGUCCAACCAUCAAGUGGCAACGCCAGGAGGGCGAACAACUCUCCGACUCACAGCGCAAUCGGGUCAAAAUCUCUGGCGGCAACAUUACCAUCGAGAAUUUGCGCCGCGAUGACUUUGGGUACUAUCAGUGUGUGGUCUCCAAUGAGGUGGCCACCUUAAUGGCCGUCACCCAGCUGGUCAUCGAGGGCACGCAGCCGCAUGCGCCCUACAACAUCACGGGUAAGGCCACCGAGUCAUCGAUUACGCUGCAGUGGCUGCCCGGCUACAGCGGUGGCUCCGAGUACAAGCAGGACUACACGAUUUGGUAUCGCGAGGCGGGGGUCAACGACUGGCAGACCAUAUCGGUGACGCCGUCCGGCAGCACACAGGUAACCAUCAAUGGCUUGGCCUCCGGCACCAGCUAUGAGUUCCAGGUGGUGGGGCGCAAUGUCCUCGGCGAUGGCAUGAUGAGCAAAGUGAUGACUGUGCGUACUCUGGGCAAAAAUUCAAAUUCAAUAGAAGACGCUCCGGCAGCGCCACGUAAUGUCAAGGCUGCAACACAACCGCCCGAUCACUUAUUUCAGCCAAUGCCAGACGAAGCUGGACCGAAGCCUGGACCACCGCGUAAUGUGUCCGUGACGGAAAUCUCGAAUGGCUUCCUCAUCACUUGGCAGUCGCCGUUGGAGCGCGCACACAUCGUCAAGUUCUAUACCAUUAAAUAUCGCACGGAUGCGGAAUGGAAGACGCUCAAUCGCGGCCAGAUACGACCGGAGGAGACGCAGUAUCUGGUGAAGAACUUGGUGGGCGGUCGCACCUACUAUUUCCGUGUGCUGGCCAACUCGGAGAAAUCGUUCGAGUCGAGCGAUGAGGUGAAAUUCCCGGUGCCGGCGCGUGUCAAACAUAAAGCUAUAACAGCCGGCGUCGUUGGGGGCAUCCUGUUUUUUAUUGUUGCGAUCAUUUUAUCGGUUUGUGCCGUAAAAAUUUGCAAUAAACGUAAACGACGAAAACAGGAAAAAGAGUUCAACAUGGUAGCUUGCAGGAUAACGGACGCUCGUAACAUUGCAGCCAAUAAUCAUCAUCAUUUGCACAAUCGUAGUACGGGCUCAAUUUCCUCUGGUCAAGUGCCUUUAAAAAAGUACAAACAAACCCGAAUAUCAAGUCUAACUGCCAUACUCAUCGCCAUACUGCACUGGAUUUGGCCACCCGAUCGCUGCACCAACUGUCAAUCCAUCUACAGCUCACCCAAUCUACCCGAAGACUGUGAUCCCGAUGCCAAGCGACGUUCGACACAAGAUGGAGCUAAGCCCGGCUACGAUCAGACGAUCCUGGAAAACAGCAUCGAUGUCGUCGACGGCGCAUUAUUUGAGCGAAGGAACAGCAAUGUGUCACAGAAAUCAUCCAGUGACGAUGGCGGCUUCCUCUCGCGUCGUAAUUUCAUCACAGCUCGUGCCUCCUGGCGGCGUCCACUAGUCGCGUCAUCCAGUCAGGUCAGCUUGCAGUCGGCAGCAGAUUCCGCGAGGGGUUUCCUCCAGGGUUUGGGUGGCUUGCUCAAGAUUGGCGGCGCUGUCAAGCAGCAGCAGCAGCCGUUCGAUGAGGCUGUAACUGGUGCACGCUAUCAAAAUGUGCUGCGUCCCUACAGCUCAAACUCGCACAACAUCUACAGGAACUUGCAACACAACACGGCCAACAGUGGACCAUUGCACAUCAACACGAUCAGCGGCAGUCUCGGCCAGCAGCUGCUCUCUCCCCCGCUGUACACACCGACGCGCGUCUCCCGCAUCUUCUCCAGCUCGCCAGCCAGCACGCCAGGCCAUCAUCAUCAUCAGCAUCAGCAUCAGCUGCUGUCUUAUAGCGGCGCAUAUCCAACGCAUCAUACGCACUUCAGCGAUCUCAGCACGGUGUAUCCCAACUCUGCUGAACGCUCGUUGCCCACAUCACAUCUCAGUGGCACUGGGAAUCUGAGUCGCUAUCGCUAUCACUCGCAGGAACUGCCCUCGCUGCGCACCAUUCAGGAGGAGACGCGUCGCCAGCAGCAGCCUCCUCAGCAUCCACUCGAGGAUCACUUUGUGCCGUUGCAGCUGCCGUCGCCGCCUUCGUGGCGCAAUUACUAUCAGACUCAGCUGCCAUAUCACAGCUAUCGACCGCGCACUCGCUGGUAUCCCCGCCACUACUCGAGACUCUUCAGUCGCCAGCAGCACGAACUGCUCUCGCCAUUGCCCGACCUCAAUCUAUCCCUGCGAGGUACGGCCAAUGGCGCCAGAUUGGGACUGGAGGCGUCACCCGAGUCGCGAUCCAGCUCCAGUGGCUUUGGUUCCAAGAACACCUCCAAUCAUCCGGGCAGCACAAGCGAGUGGCGACUCUUGCCGCCCUAUAGGCCUCCUCCAUCGCCGCCCAAGCACUCAGCGUACUUUGGAGCCAGCGUUGCGGCGUCGGGUAAUCAGCAGGCGCAAGCACAGACCUUGGUGGCAGGCCAGUUGCAGCAACAGCCAUACCACUACUCCUAUCUGCAGCCCAGUCCGCCCUCGGCCGGCCUGACGCCACCCUACACCAUGGCCCAUUGGCUGGAAAUGAUCUCAAGACUGAACGCAGCCACGGACAGUAAUCUGCCCAAGGCAUGCCCCGCUGUGGAUGUGGGCAGCGUCGAUGGCCAUUACGAAUUCGAUCCUGCCACACCAACGCCCAGUGCCUCGACGCCAACGGGAGUCGGUAUCGGUGUCGGUGUCGGACUUCUUCGCGACGAUCUCAAUCUGCAUAUAGACAUCCAUCACUAUCCUCAUCCCUACCAACAUCAACAUCAUCAUCAUCAGCAGCAGCAGCAACAGCAGCCACAACAACAACAUCACCAUGCAGCGACCUUGCCUUAUCACCACACUUUGGGGCCGUUGAGCGGCAGCUUGCUGCAUGCCUCAGCUGCCCGCAAGCUGCGCAGCCUGCCCCGCUAUGACAAUGUCGAGGCUCGCCUGCAGGCCAUGCGGGAAGAGUUCUAUGCAUAUCGGAAGCGUAAGGCCAUGCAACGAGCAGGCGGUCCCGAAAUCGAGAGCAUUUGCUGAACCGCAGUUGAGGCGACCGCAAAGCAUAUCCAACAGACAGUCAGACUUGAAUGCAGUAUGAGAAUGCGGCAGCAGUUUGAAUGUGCUAUCGAAGUCAACCGCAUAAACCAUAUGAUUAGAUGAUAUCGCAAUCAAUCGCAAUCCGGCAAUAAAAACAUACGAACAGUGCUUGCCCAUUUUAUAGAAGCAGUUUGAAGUACUUCGAGUAUGUGAAGCCAUUUAGGUGACCGCAGAGAGAAAUAAGUAAACAAUUAGUUGUGGAAAAUUCAUGCUAGGCGAACAACACAAAAUGAUGACAAGAGAACAACAAAGAAGCGAAGAUAAUUUUUGUAAAUAUAAUAAAAUGGAAUGCACGAAUCGAAACACAGCAUUAUAAGAUGGCACGCAAAGAAAGGAAAGCAAAGCAAAGAAGCAAACUUUAAGCAUAAUAUUAAAACAAAACUAUAGCAAUUAUGAGGACAUAUUACUUAUAAAAACUCAAUAUAAUAUGUAAUUGAUAUUUGACACACAGUACGUGUAUGCAAAAUGAUUAUUAUUAUUAUUAUUAUUAUUUAUAAAAACAAAACAACAAAAUUACAUAUUAGAUAUAUAUACAUAUAUAUAGGCGUAACGAAGCGAAACACAGAUUGAUAUGUUAAACAUCAAUUAAAAAGAAAUCCACAAGCGUAAGCGUACAUUAUGUUACAUUAACACUAACGUAAAUUAAUUAAUUAAUUAACGAAUUAAUACAAACAAAUGAUGAAGAUAUUCAAGAUAUAGAUGUUAAGUCCUUAGUUGUUAAACUUGAUAAGCAAAACAAAACGAAUGAGAAGUGUUGAAAUUGAAAAUGAAAUUUAAAUAAAAGCGAUAAAAACUCAGUAAAGCUAAAUAUAUAGACAAAUUGUUUCAAAUUAAAUUAUUUAAAUACAAAUGCAAAUGUGAAAAUCGUAAUUACCGAAAUUUAAUGAAAGUAUCACAAUAAAAUCAGUUAAACCAAAUAAUUACGUGAAAUACAUAUAACUGCUGCAUAUACAUAUGUUUACUGUUGAGCUACACACAAUUAACAACAAAAAAGAUAAUUCCGAGUAACUCCAAUGAUAUGUACUUUUAUUGAGAAGACAGAAAAAAAAACCCAAAUACUUUUUCCAGUGCCGAGUAUAGGAGCCCUCUUUCAAGCAAAUCCAUAAACACGCUCAACACAACCAACCAACCAACCAA